AUGUCCGCCUUAACCGCGGCCUUUGGCCCCUCGGCGCCCGACACGUCGCCGAUCAGUGGCCGCGACUACGUGCUCAAGCUGCGCAAGUACCUCGGCGCCAACUUGUCGCGACUGGCGCCACCUCCUCCCCCGCGCGGCAAGCAGCGCGACGCGUCGUGGCUCGCGCAGAGCUACACCGUCCUCACGCUGGGACUGGAUCCGAACUCGGCCCCGCUGAGCCGUAACGUCAAGGUGCCGCUCACGCUGGGCUUUGGCACGCCGUCUGCGCCGCCAGUCCACAAGGCCGCCAAGCCCAUCCUCCUCCGCCUCCCGCCAGACAAGCUCCUCUACCUCCUCUUACGGUGGCAGAGCUUACCACAGAGCCUCCCGCAUGUGGGCAAGACGGACGUACCCGUUCCCGAGGGGGUCAGCGUCGCGGCCCGCGGCGCCAUCAGCGUUAGAGAACGCGCCGACGGCGAUGUCGACAGCGUGCGCAGCUGGGUCGGCUCGAUUCGUUCCGUCUCAGCUGCGCCGGCAGAGAGAGGGUGGGGUUGGUGGGGCAAGCCGCAGGAGGUAGACGAGGAUAAAGUGCUCAUCGAGCUCUACUCGAUCUUCAACACGCUUCCCGGGCUGCUGAUCCACCCGCCGUUUGCGACCGACAAGCCGGUUGCCGAGCUGCUCGACGCGGGGGGAUACACGUCGCUUGGGGGCGUCGAUGUGCGCGUGCCGCUUGACGUGCUGCGCAACUUGCAAAUACUCGAGCUCGAGGGGUACGAUCCGCGCGGGCUGCUCAUUCCCGUCAGCCCGCUGCUGCGUAGCUUGACUGUUCGCGACGUCGGCGACGGGGACGACUGGCUGCCCGAGUUGAUAAUCGACGGCGACGUCGACGCCGAGGAGCCGGCACCUCGCUUCCCCGACCUGAGAUACCUCUCUCUGCAUCACACAUCGCUGUUAGCGUUCCCCGCGCUCCCUCUCACGAGCCUCACCCAUCUCGACCUGUCACACAACCUGCUCAACGCAAUUCCAGAAGCGCUGUCAACGCUGCACAACCUCGUCUCCUUGAAUCUCUCCAACAACCUCAUCACGUCGGUGCGCAACGCGUCCUUGACCCUCGGAAACAUCCACGUCCUCAACCUCGCGAGCAACAGACUAGACUGCCUCGUCGGCCUCGACCGCGUGCUGGGACUCAAGCGUGUCGACGUGCGCAACAACAUCCUGUUGGAAGCGGGCGAGGUCGGCCGUCUCGCCGUCCUGCCGCAGAUCGACGCCGUCUGGGCGGCCGAGAACCCGUUCACGCGCGGCGAGAACAUUGAGUGGCGCGCCGAAGUCGCCGCAAGCUUCGUGAUCGAGGGGCGUGAUGUCGUCGUCGACGACGCAGCGCUUACGUGGAACGAGCAGCGCAAACUCGAGGCCAUCCUCGCGUCCAAGGGACGUGGGUGGCGGCCGAACCUCAAGGUGGAGACGGCGGCGGCGACAAAAGCUGCUGCCCCAGCUAAGCCACCAUCACCCGUCAUUCCUGCGCCUCCCUCGCCGACGAGACCGCGCGACUUAAUACCGACGCCGGCGAGCCGUGUCAUCACCCCAGCUAACACUACGCCGUCGUCGCCAGCCAAGAUCAUCGCGUCGAAGAAGAAGGCGAGGAGGAGGGUCGUCAACCUCGACGCGGCGACAGCAGCACCUUCGCCAGCAGCACCCGUGUCUGCGCCAGAACCAACUCCCACACCCGCCCCGGCCCCCGACGAGCCCGCAAACAACGGCAACGUCGUCAAGGUCAAGUCGAAGAGCAAGAAGAAGGCACUCAAGGACAAGCCAGAGGAUCUGAAUGGCGACAAGUGGAGCCAUGGCGUCGCGGCGUAG